AUGUUUUGCGCGUUCACUAGUCACGAGGCAGAAUUCGAUUAUCUUAAAUCCCUUGAAAUCGAAGAGAAAAUUAAUGCUAUAUGCUGGUUGCCUACUGUCAACAAUUCCUUGCAUUUACUUUCAACGAACGACAAGGUUAUAAAAUUGUGGCGCAUGUCUGAGCAGUCCCCCUUUGCUUAUAACUUCAAUUUCCGUCCUGACGAGAAGGUUGCCGAGAGUAGUGGGGAAAUUGAUGCGUUUUCAGAGGAGUGCAACGUCAGCGCCUCGGAAAAGGAGGAAAAUUGUAAUAUUGCUAAUCCUUGCCUCAAAAAGGCAGCCUCUUGUACUUUUUUGCGAAUUCCUCGCUACAGAAAGCGUAAGAACCUUACCAUAGAAGUCCGUCCGCGAAGGAUUUACGCUAACGCUCACACUUACCACAUAAAUGCUAUAUCACCCAAUUCUGACCAGGAGACUUUUAUAUCAGCUGACGAUCUGCGCAUCAAUUUGUGGCAUCUUGACGUACCUGGCCAGUCAUUCACAAUUGUGGACAUCAAGCCGGAAAACAUGGAGGAAUUAAACGAAGUGAUCACUUGUUCACGUUUUCACCCCGAACUCUGCUACAUGUUCGGAUACUCUACCAGUCGUGGCGUUGUUCGUCUGUGUGACAUGCGUGCAAGGGCCUUGUGCGAUAAUCACGUUCUCGUGUUGGAUGAUCCCUCUCUCUCUCAGAACCGAGGUUUCUUUUGCGAUAUCAUCUCCAGUCUUUCUGAUUUCCGCUUCGACCAUUCCGGAAAUUACAUUCUUGCAAGGGAUUACCUCAAUCUCAAAGUUUGGGACAUGCGAAAAAGCGAACGACCCUGUGAAGUUUACUCGGUUCAUGAGCCAUUGCGCUCGCAUCUAUGCAUGCUCUAUGAGUCUGAUGCCAUCUUUGACAAAUUCCUUUGUGCCUGGUCUGAGGAUGAUCGCUACGUGUUUACGGGUUCCUACGGCAACGUACUGCGCAUCUUUGAUCGCCACCAGGGCGCCGACUGGGCCUAUGAUCUGGGAGAGUCAGAUGUGCGUUUAACAGUCGCCACCGAUACAAGUGCUCUCCCCCUCUCCAUUCCUCCUACUCUUAACCUUCGGUCUCACCGUUCUCGUCUCCAACCGAAACGUUUCAUUUCACCGGAUUCUGAAUUGGCCUCGCGCUUUCAACUCCAGGCCGUGUGCUUGGCAAACGCAUCAGCUCUGGAUGCUUUAGUUGCCACUGCCCCUUCCUCCGUUACCAUCAUCCCUAAUAAGAGUGAACGCGCUGUUAGUUCUCCUGUUGUUGCUGGCUCAAAGCGUCGCAAGCAGACUCUCCUUCCAGUUCCCCAUCACUAUGACGACGAGGAAGAUGAAGAAGAUGACGAUGUGGAUGUGGAUGAGGACAGUGACGAAUUCGAAACCGUUGGUGGAGAGGACAUUGCGGAAGGAAUUCGCCGUGAUCCUUCCAAAGUCAAUGGAAAGUCAUCGGCCCCGUCAGCAGCAGCAAGGUCGAUGCUCACAGGCUUGCGGGAGAUUGACUAUAAACGGCGCUUUCUGCAAGUGGCAUGGCAUCCACAGCGUCUGCUCUUUGUGGCGAUGAGUGGGAAAGAAAUGUUUUUUGUCUCUGGUAGAGAAACGUCCCCUACGAGAGGUACUCCUCGAGAUCCAGCAGAUGAGGAGGAAGCGUUGGGGGAUUACGGAGAGAAUGUGGAUGAGAGAGCAAAUUCGAGCCACCCUGUAGUGAGUAGUCCUCUUGACAUUAAAGCAGCCAAAAGGCGACGAAGAAGGCAGGGCGAAACUGAGGUGCAAAUGUUGUCCAGCCUUACGGAUUUGUCAUCUGGCUCGCCACCUUUGUUAGGACAAAGUGAGGAUUUAACGUCACUGAAAGCACAAACAGCUGCAUUGCUUGAAAAGAGACGGUCAAUAUCAGAGGAUAUUCAUGAGCAGAAGUUGACAGAUGGCAAGCCUCGAGCGAAAAGGCAUGCCACUGACUUCACUGCGGAUAUGGAAUUUGAGUAG